GCACACGCACGCACGCACAACACUCACAGCAGAGAGAAGCAUCACCUCUGGAUUUGUCUUUCCCGCACCCCACACAUCACCAUUAGUCCCGCACAAAGAGGAGCCAUGUGACCGAGAAGAGGACGGAACACUUCUUCUUUUCUUGCGUGCAGCAUUUAGUGGAGCUUCUUCUUCUUCUUCUUCUCGCUGUGCUACGUGUGCGUAAAAAUGCGCAUCUGGGUGGACUCGCUGCUCGCCACGUCCCGCAGCGUGUGUGCGUGGGAAACUUGGCGGCAUGCUGCGUGUUGUGGACGGCGCCUUGGAACAGAUGGACGCGGACUCUGCUAGCCGGAAACGUGCUGACGUGUCGCUGAAUGGCUGCCAAGCCGCUGCCCUCCUCGUCUCCCUUGUGAAGCAAAGUGGCCGCCAUGUACCAGGAGGUAGCCUUCCUGGCGGGCAGCACUGACCACCAGUUCACCACCUUCCACUUCAAGCGUGUGGAGAACCCCCAGGAGGUCUCCUCCAAGAAGGGUGUCUUCUACAAGCGGGCCCAGCUCCUCCUCAAGCCUCAGGCUUGCCAACAAGACGGCGGGGGUGGCGGCGACGACGGGGCGGCCAUCAUCAACGUGGGUGGCAUCAAGUACCGCGUCCCCUGGUCCACGCUGCAAGAGUUCCCCAUGACCAGGCUGGGGAAGUUGCACAGCUGCAGUAACGAGGCCGAGAUCAUGGACGUGUGCGACGACUACGACGGCAGCCGCAACGAGUUCUUCUUCGACCGUAGUCCCUCAGCUUUCCGCAUCAUCGUGACCUUCCUGGCGGCGGGCAAGCUGCGGCUCCUCAGGGAGAUGUGCGCCCUGUCCUUCCAGGAGGAGCUGCUCUACUGGGGCGUGGAGGAGAACAACUUGGACUGGUGCUGCCUGAGGAAGCUGCGCCUCCGCCAGGAAGAGUACAAGGAGCUGCAGAGGCUGGAGGAGGAGGAGGCCGAGCUCGCCUCGCCGCAGUCCUGCGAGGAGAGCCAGCAGCUGGGGAGCAUCGUCGAGGAGAACCCCACGGGGGGGUGCAUGCGAAGACUGAGAGACAUGGUGGAGAACCCUCACUCUGGGAUCCCUGGGAAGAUCUUCGCCUGUCUGUCGGUGUUGUUUGUGGCCAUCACCGCUGUGACGCUGUGUGUGAGCACCAUGCCCGACCUCCGAGAGGAGGAAGAGAGGGGGGAGUGCUCCCAGCGGUGCUACAAUAUCUUCGUGUUGGAGACGGUGUGUGUGGCGUGGUUCUCCUUGGAGUUCAUGCUGCGCUUCAUCCAGACUCAGAGCAAGUGCACGUUCCUGCGAACGCCUCUCAACGUCAUCGACGUGGUAGCUAUCCUGCCGUACUACAUCACCCUCAUCGUGGAUUCGCUGUCAGUGGGCGGCAAACCGGCGGGCUCGGGCAACAACUACCUCGAGAAGGUGGGGCUGGUCCUCCGCGUCCUGCGGGCCCUGAGGAUCUUCUACGUGAUGAGGCUCGCUCGCCACUCCCUGGGCCUGCAGACGCUCGGACUGACGGUGAGGCGGUGCACGCGGGAGCUUGGCCUGCUGCUGCUCUUCCUGUGCGUGGCCAUGGCGCUCUUCUCGCCGCUGGUGUUCCUUGCCGAAAGCGAGUUCGGCGCCAAGCAGGAGUUCACCAGCAUCCCCGGGAGCUACUGGUGGGCCGUCAUCUCCAUGACAACGGUGGGCUACGGCGACAUGGUGCCCCGGAGCAUCCCCGGCCAGGUGGUGGCGCUCAGCAGCAUCUUGAGUGGCAUCCUCCUCAUGGCCUUCCCUGUCACGUCCAUCUUUCACACCUUCUCACGCUCCUACGUGGAGCUGAAGGAGGAGCAGAACCGAGCCCUGAGGCAGAAGCCCGACUCGCAGGACAGCACCAAGUCGCAGAAUAGCGAGGACUCGCAGGAGAUGGACAGCUAUCAUGCCGCCACGGAGGCCGUCGCCUCGUCUGUGCAGCGGAGGAAGUCCGUGGCUCCUCACAGAGCGCCCGUCCAAACUUAGCGUCUCCACGGGUCUUCAGAACCUGAAACUCGGCUUUGGGUUCCUGUGAAAAUGCACCAGCGCGUUGCUGAAACUUGACUUGGGGAGUCUUGACUCGGGCUAAUGAAGGACUCAACCGCUCUCAAAUAUUCUACGAGAUCAAGAAGAAAAAGACUUAAAUGCGCGCGUCAGGUUGAAGCCAACACUAAACAUGUCACACGCUGUUGGGUGAAGCAGAAUGACUUCAUCACAACUAUUGAUGUCCUUUCAUUUCCAUUCCUGUCUGUACAUAACCUGUGCCAAGCUAAUUACAACACACAACCGCAAUGAAAGGGCUUCGACAGUCUGUUGGGAAAUUAGGUUGACGGGGAAAAGUCAAAAAGGCCGACUCUACGCGCGCCGCCUGCACUCCAUAGGAAGGAACACACAAGGGAAGAUGAGCUCAAGAUCUAAUAUAUCGUGACAUUUACAUGACGCAUGUGCAGGACUACCCAGGUGGUCCUCUGUUUACAGCGUUGCGAGGUUCUUUCAUACGCACGCCCAUGACUUCAAAGCGUAAUGUUGGUCCGUAAACUCGCUGGAGAGCCAAUGCACCUCAAUAUUGGCCGCACUUCUUUCGAUCGCUUGAUUGUGGCGGCCAUGAUUAAGGAUAAGUAACAUCUACCCGGACGUAGGAAGGUUGACAGGGAGGUGGUCCAUCAACAAAACAGGCUACUUUCGGCCAAAACAACAUCAGCAAACUCAUCUGUCCCCAUCCCGCACCCACAGGAAGGACUCAAGUCGCAUUCUCUGCAGCGUAGUGGUCGUACUGUGUUUUAUAUGUCCUUCGUGUGUUCCGUGUUAGCCAUGUGAGUGCGGGAGGCUUACAUCACAGUCUGGGAACGGAACUUGCACGUAGCCAAGGACCACCUGUUUACGGUAUAUUCACAUGCAAGUCUUUUCAAGUGACUUGUGGACACUUCACGGCAGCGGUUCUCAAUUAUCUUCUGUCAUGCCCCCCCCCCACUGGGAAACUGAUACUGAUAAUAUGUAUUUAUUCAUCUGCACCGUACAGACGGAACUCCAACCGGCCAAAUGCAACAAAAAUGGAGAGCAGUGAAGCGUACAAGCGUGUGGAUCCAAGACACAAAUUGCAUGCCGAGUACGACAAAUUCAUACACUUGGCAGUCCUCACUGCCUCUCACCCCCCGCCGCCCCCGCCCCACUAUUUGAGAAGCACUGCUUUACAGCAACAAUGGCAUAUAAGGCAAGAUAUAGACACAAUGUAUAGAGUGGCAUAACGUCUAUAUAGACUUCUAUAUGUAUAGAAAUACGUCAUUAUACAGUACUUAGACCAGGGGUGUCCAAAGUGCGGCCCGGGGGCCAUUUGCGGCCCAAGGCUGUGAUUUUAUUGGCCUGCAGCACAGUCCAAAACUGUAAUUUAACUAGAAAAAAACUAAAAAAAAAAAAAAAACAGCAGCAAAAAUGGGAAAACCAAAUAAAAGUCAAAAUAUUAAGAAAAGAGUUGAUUUAUGAAGUCAAAAACAAUGAAUAAAGUUGUCAGUUUUGAAACUUAGGUUGGGGGGGAAAUUUAUAACAUGGGAAUAAAGUCAAAAUAUUAGGAGAAGAAAGUUGAAAUAUUUGGAAAAUUAUACAAAAAAACAAAAAACAAAAUUUUACCAGAGUAAAGUCAAAAUAUUAAGACAAAAAACACAGUUUUCGAAUCAGAAAAUUUUUUGAGAAUAAACUGUGAAAUGAGGAAAAAUAUCAUUUCGAUAACAAUGUUGAAAUAAAGAAAUAAUAUGUUAUUGUUUUAAAAGAUACAGAGUUAUAAUUAUGAGGAGAAAAUUGACAAGAGGAAAGCUGAAAUGAAAUAGUUGGAAGAUUAAAAAAAAACAGGUGAAAUUUUACGGGAAUAAAGUCAAAGAAAAAAGUCAUCGAAUGAAGAACAAAAGUCGCAAUUUUACAAGAAUAAACUCUUAUUAUUAUGGAAAAAAACGUCAUUUUUAGCAGCAUUUCACCUCUUUUACACGGAGAAAUGCAGUUUUUUUCUUGGAAAACGUUUGGACACCCCUGACAUAGACUUUGUCAACAUACACAGUAUGUAUAUAUAUACAGUAUACACAUAGCACUUACUGCAUACAUAUUAUAGUACAUACAUAAAACAAUAGCAUAAAUAAACAUAUACAGUAUGUAUAUACAGUAUACACAUAGCACUUACUGCAUACAUAUUAUAGUACAUACAUAAAACAAUAGCAUAAAUAAACAUAUACAGUAUGUAUAUACAGUAUACACAUAGCACUUACUGCAUACAUAUUAUAGUACAUACAUAAAACAAUAGCAUAAAUAAACAUAUACAGUAUGUAUGUAUAUACAGUAUACACAUAGCACUUUCUGCAUACAUAUUAUAGUACAUACAUAAAACAAUAGCAUAAAUAAACAUAUACAGUAUGUAUAUACAGUAUACACAUAGCACUUACUGCAUACGUAUUAUAGUACAUACAUAAAACAAUAGCAUAAAUAAACAUAUACAGUAUGUAUGUAUAUACAGUAUACACAUAGCACUUACUGCAUACAUAUUAUAGUACAUACAUAAAACAAUAGCAUACAUAAACAUAUACAGCUAUAAUAUGAUCAUAGGAUUCAUCACUAAUUGGAUGCGAGUGAAUCUUAACAGUUCAGGUUUUAACUUUCAUUUUUAAUUUUGUACGUUGGAGGAGAUGAAAACGUCUUUCAUGUUAAUCUUUGGUCAAAUACUGUAAAAAAUAAAUCAAUAAAUGGCUAAAGUUGGAUUGCACAACACCAAUUCAGGACGAGCGGGAUAACACGAACACAUCAGGGAGCUCACAAAAUGAAUGUUGCGUGGCGUUUUAGUUUUCGUUGAUGUUAUUAGAAUGUGUUUGUGUCAGUCGCUGACAACCCUUUAGUCACAUAUAUGCAGCUUCAAAGGAGUGCAGGGCCAAACAAACCCAAGACAAAAAGUACAAAAGCGCGAGGCACAACUUUCCCGGCACGCUCUGCAGCCGAGUCAGCCGCCGCAAAUAAUGAGCUGCCCGUUGGAUUUGCUCGAAUUGCAGCGGCAGUUGUGAUUUUGUGCAACUGGAGUGUCUCGUCGAGAGGGACAAGACAGCGUUUAAAAGCAUCAGAGCCAAGUGUCAUUGGCAUGGAAGCAAUCAGAGGCUCAUCAAGCUGUGCUCUCCUUUAAUAUCCCACACAGGCAUGUCUAGGCUGGAGACACAACGCAUGGAACUCCUGCACACCGAUACUGUAUCACUUUUUUUUUUAAUAAAGACAUUUUUAAAAUGGAUGGUGGAAUGAGACAACCUGGCAUGAAUGUUUUGCUUUGAAGAACCUCCUUUGAAAAAUGCAACACAGAUUCUAAUGAACUCCUGAGCUCAAAGGGGUCGGUUUAACAAUUCAUUACAUGCAGCGAGACGCUGAAAUCUGCAUGCCGUGCCUGUUCUUCUGAACAUCCUAAAUUGUUUUGUCCGUGUUCCUCGUUAAUUAUAAAUGGACUGCUUCCAGGAGUCGUGUUGGCUCAACGCACAGCACGUUUGAUAAACAGUGACGACGCCACCUCAAAACGCCACCAGAAGCUGAAUAACUUGGACAGCAUUCACCUCAACACACAUACGGGACAGCGUAUGUGAAAAAACCCAGCGUACAAAAAACCCCAGCAUGAAUGAAGAAUGAAAUAAUACAUGCCUAAAAAAAAAAAAAGUACGCUGAUCGAUGCAUACGACGCUAGCAUGCUAGCUACUAGCAUUGUUAGCAUUUACAUUUCAUUGGGAUUCUUCCAAAAUGAACAUUUUCAGAAACUAAUUCAUAAAUGAUAAUUUUUUUUAGACUAUGGACAAAAUAUACUGAAAUACAAGUGAUAUGUUACUAUGUUACUAGGCGGCAGUAAUGACACAAGAUUGAGACAUUACCUUACAUGGCAUCACCUUAACACUGCAUGAAGUCAGCCAUGGCAUGUCCCACGUAAUAGAGGGGGAAAAAGUUCUCCCAUUCCGUGUGUAAGUAGUAAGUUUUGGGCUUCUUAAGUUUAGACGAAACGCAUUCGAGGCUAACUGGUUAGCUCGCUAGCUUGUUAGAUUGCUAACCGGCAGCCGUCUCGAGUCCCUGCAGCAUAAGAGCUGUGCAAUUUGUUGUAAACAAUGAAUGACAGGAGUGUAGAGGUGACUAAAGGGGUUUCAUUUUAUGUUUACAUGGCUCUAAUAAUGUUAAAAAACAUAUUUUGAAAGUCAUAAACAGGUUUUCUAUGCUCUAACUACAAAAACAUUCCAUUUAUUAACAUCGAAUCCUGUAUCGCGGUCGGGUCUGGAACCAAUUAACUUGACUGUACAGUUUAACAGUAACUGUACCACAUCUCUUGCUAGGUGCUUGCUUUAGCAUUUUGCACAGGACUUUGACAUUUAGCACUUUAACAAACGUCUACUGAAGCAAGAGAUGUUCCCAUGUUAUUUACAUGUAACAUGUAACCACGCAGGUUGCUAACAUGCUAGCUGUCAUGCCGAGUCAGAGUUUAGCAACAGGUCGCAGGCUCAUUUAAAGUGUAUGGGAAUUUUUCAUCAUUUGUCUCUACAAUUGUUGUCAUACACAGUGGAACCUCAGUUAGUGUAAAAAAUGUACGCCAAAAUUUUGCUUCGGUUUGCAUACAUUUGCCGGUUAGCGUACAGUAUGCCGCGUGUCUCGUUGUGUUAUUAAUACACUGCGUAAGUCCAACUGUGAUCUCAUUGUAUUUUUAUCACAAAUGUCCUUGUUAGCAUAGCUUGCUAACAAAAUGGCAACUAAGCCGGAAGUCAGCCAAGUCGCCCGUCUACGUCAUCAACGGUUGACUCUCAAAAAUGUAAACACAAAAGAGGUUUUUAUAGUGUAAAUGUAAAAUAACACAAAUGACCCUGAUUUUCCUUUAUUUUGUAGUAUUUGUUUAUCUGUACAAACCACCCUAUGAGUUGCUGUCACUGGCAUUCACGCAUGACUAAAGACAUUAUUAGACCUGCCAACCCCCACAACGGGUUCCCGCUCCACUAUUUGAGAAGCACUGUGCUCAUGCAAACAGAUUUAAUUAGACAAAACUCAAUGGGAGAGUCUUUCCAUGUCCUUUUUAUUUGGUCCAUUUUCCAUUUUGGAUGCUAAAAAGCCACAAUACGACAUUGAAAAUAGAUGUUACAUAAAAAGAAAACUAUAAAAAAAAAUGAUAGGAAAAGGACAGUUUUGGCAUAGGAGGGAACUCAACAAUGAUGCAUUGUAAAAGUUGGCCUGUCUCUAUGGGAAAGUGUGGAAGGAGAGGAAACAAACUUCAUUUUAAAUCUGCUGAGAGCCUGCCAGGUUAUUCCAGCCUGUCUGCCCGUGCUGUCUGCAUAACAGAACGGGCAAUCCUACACUGGCAUUUCACUAAAUAAAUAUUCAUAUGGCUCCUGAGGAGCAGAAACAGUGCAUUUCACUGCAGAGUUAUGAUUAAUAGUUAAUAGCAGUGGGUGGAUGCAGGUGUAUAUAUAUUUAUUAUUAUGGCUUGCAGGGAGGAUCAGGCUUUCAGGUGAGGAAGGUCUGAUAAAAAGAGGGACUAUUCACCUCCACUGAACAGGAAAUGAAUUUUCAUGCAAGAAAAUGAAAUGAUGUGGACGCAGGAGGAGGCGGCGACGGGGUGUUCUUAUAUUGGCAACGUGAUGAGGGUCAUGAGGAGGCAUGAUGGCUAUGGAGAUAUGAGCUGUAGUGCAGGGCACCGUACACAAGUCAUCUUUGGCCAUUGCUCUCAGUGGAAAGAGUUCUUCAAGUGUUCCUUUUUUGGGCAAAGUCGUUAAAACAAGUGGACAAAGCGGUCAGAAAGCCUGCAAGCUUUUGACACACUUGGCUCCUUCGAUUGCUCUCAGUAGUUGUGUAAAAACCCCACCAAAUGCCAUGUGUUACAUUCUAUAAUGCAUACAAAUUGAGUUGGGCGCCCACAUGUGUAGCGAGUCAUGUCUGACCGUGUCUUGUAAGGCGGAAGCAGGGAGCCAUGCAACAGUCAGUCCACAUAGGUGGUCCAUAGAGUUUGUGCAAGACUGAUUCUCUGCAUGCAGGUUAAGUCUUCACCUUAGCAAUGUUUUUGCUUCCAGUUCUGCGGGAACAGUUGGGGAAGUUCUUUUUCUUUGCCCACAAGAGUCUAUAAAGGCAUUUUUUCAGUUAAACAUCAGAACCCUGACAUGGAUCUCUAAAAGGGAGGGUGAGUGGACGUAAAUGCCCCAUGAAAACACUCCAAAAUCUUCUGGAAAGUCCUCCGUAAUCGCCUGCUGUCGUACUGAGUGAGAAUGCUUUUUAAUAACCAAACCCGCCUUGGGUUUGUUUGUAACCAGUUUGUGAGGUACUGGUGCCGACACCCACCCUGUAUCAUCUUCACGGUCGUCUCUUGAAGCGAUCUUAGAGGGCUUUGGCACUAGUGGUGUGGGAGACGGUGUGCGACGCCGGUUUUUGUGGGUAUCGGCUAUAGUAGUAAACUUGGAAGAGGAUGGCGAAGUCCACAAUUACCUGGAGCAGGCCGCAAGUCCAGAACUGCACGGGGGCCUGGGUGAGCAGGAAGUAGACCGUCUUAAAGGUGUCGCCGCUCGUCCACAUGAGCACCAUCUUGAUGCUGCGGAGAGACAGUCGAGGGUUGGGCAUUAAAUCAAAACAUAAAGGAAAAAAGCCACAGAGCACGCCCCCUUGACUUUUUCAAGCGUUCAUGCACUCGUGCGAGGUUGAAGCUCAUGUUAAGACAAAACGCAAACGACCUGAACCGUGACGGUUUCCAUCGUUAUAAUAAAAAAAUCAAUCAACCUUAUCAAGCUAAUGAAACAGUGCCGAGGCUUGACUGACCUCCUCUGACACGUCCCAUAACUCACUUAAGCGGCAGACAAGCCCACGCCCAAUAACUCAUUCACCAAUCACUUCCGACCAAUCUCCAUUUGCACCCCUGGGGUGGAUCUCUUUUGCUGUAUUUUUCAAACGUAUUCUGGCAUUUACGCUCCAGUGAACUGAAACGGGUCAGAUGACAAAUCACACGUUUAGGGACAGUACCGAGCCUACGACAACACCCUGAAGCCUGGUCCUCCGUAAGGAAAAUGCCCGACGUCAACGGUAACUGAACACACUGCGGAUCCAUUAAGAGCUUCCCUGAACUUCCUUAGGGAUCAAUCAAGUGUCUACGUACCAAACAUUAGGGGGCAAACCUACGGAUGCGUGCCAUUCUAAGAGGGGGAUUUAUCUACACAAGGAGGCUAUUCAAGUCAGGUUGGAUGUCUUUACAUUACUUUGCGAGCUUCGCAGGCAUACUUUGAAAAGGUCAACAUCAAGGAAUGUGCAUGGUAUGCUGCUUGCGGCUUUGAUUAGCUGAACUCAGAUGGGCAAAAAAUGACAUUGGACACAAAUGUCCAUUUCUACAGAUCGAGGCGCUGCGUUGGUGAUAAAACAUGAACAUUACUUUCAUUGGUCAAAAGCAGUAUGUGAGGCUCCGUCACUGUGUGUCUGACAUGGUACUCUGCAGCACAGGUGCCCCUCAGGGUACGGUGCUCUCCCCUUUCCUCUUCACCCUCUACACCUCGGACUUCACACACAACUCCACACAGUGUCACAUCCAGAAGUUCUCCGAUGACACAGCCAUUGUUGGUUGUGUUUCAGAGGGGAAUGAUCUGGAAUACAGGACGGUCAUCAGGGACUUUGUCAGCUGGAGUGAGCUUAACCAGCUGCAGCUCAACACCAGCAAGACAAAGGAGAUGAUCAUUAACUUCCAGAGGAAAACAUCUCACUUCACACCGGUGAACAUCCAGGGAGCGGACAUAGAGUUGGUAGACAGCUACAAAUUCCUGGGUGUUCACCUUAACAACAAACUGGACUGGUCCGUCAACACCCACGCCCUCUACAAGAAGGGCCAGAGUCGCCUCUUACCUGCUGAGGAGACUGAGGUCCUUUGGUGUGUGCAGGACUCUUUUACGGACCUUUUAUGACUCUGUGGUGGCCUCAGCCAUCUUCUAUGCUGUGGGCUGCUGGAGAGGGGGCAGCACGGACAGGGACAGGAGCAGGAUCAAUAGGCUGAUCAGGAGAGCGAGCUCUGUCCUUUACGGUCCUCUGGACUCCGUGGAGGAAGUGGGGGAGAGAAGGAUGUUGGCUAAGCUGACAUCCAUCAUGGACAACACCUCUCACCCGCUACAUGACACUGUUGUUUCCCUGAGCAGCUCCUUCAGCAGCAGACUGUUACACCCACGGUGUAAGAAGGAGAGGUUCCGCAGGUCCUUCAUACCGACCGCUGUCAGGCUCUACAACACCUGCACCACCUGAACCAUGUUGUAGUGCUUUACUUUACUGCUCUCUUUACUUGUCUUGCUUGCUUGCUGCUGUAACAAGUAAAUUUCCCCGCUGUGGGAUCAAUAAAGUACAUACAAUACAAUACAAUACAAGCUGCGAGUAUGCAAGACAGUGCAUGGUAUGCUGCAGAGAAAGACAAAUAGACCCAAAUGUUGUCCGUUUCUUACAGCUAAACAGAGGCACUAAGUUGCUGUCAUGUGAUUAAACCAUGGCAGGUAGGGGAUGGAAAUCCCUUUGGCCGGUCAGUAUCAGUGAGUGUGUAAGACCGUGCAUGGUAUGCUGCUUGCGGCUAUGCUUCACACAGAAAACGACACCGGGCCCGAAUUUUGUCCAUAUCUCCAGAUAAAUAGAGACGCUAUUUUGUCAACUACGCUAAUGCAAUAUUAUUGGCUGCUAAACUUCACAAAUCUCCCCCCUUAUGUUGUCAUAUCACCUUCCUUAGAAACUGUUCUUGUUGCCGGUAAAAAUAAGAACCUUCAAGUUGCAGGCUUGUUUUUUGUAUACUAUAUAAAUAUCUCGAGUCCAUUCAACACGUUUCAUUUGUUUUCAAGUGAAUACCCUCUCCUGUCAGCGCUCACUCUAAGGUCGUGACCCAAACACAGGACUCCCAAAUUCAGGACAACCUCCUGGGGUGGAAACUAGAAUGACUGCCUGCUCUCCUAGCAGCUGAUGAGGUCUCUGGAAAGAAAAGAAUAAAGGGUGAUCUGGUGUCCACCCACCCGUCUGCAUCCCAAACAUGGCAGGUUUGUGCAUCCGUGUGUCUGCCUUGUCAAGGAAAAGCUUUGCCAUCAAACCUCCUUUGCAUUAUUCAUGCCUCCGGCUUCACCUUAGCCCUUUUCAUUUGGAAGGCCCAUUUGUGCAAACCUUGCCGUUUACCACACGCUCACUUCUCCCUGUAAUUUUUUUUAUAAAGCUCACUCUCUCAGUACUUCUCUCUCUCUCAUUGCCCAUUCCUCUUCAAUCCGCCUCCUUCUGUACCUGCUCGCCUCCCCACAGCAUGCCGACCUCGCACUCACAGUGAGGAGCUUGUUAACUAUGUUCUUUCCACUCCUCCUCGGUUCCUCGGCGACCGCUGUCUUGGUUCUGAGAUGCCUUCCUUCCUUCCUGCAGGUAACCAUGAGAGAGGCGGGGAAUCAUGUUUGAUCAAGUCCUCCCCCGCCUCUCCAACGCAGAGGGGGCCCGGGAACAGCCACGAGAACAUCGUCUGGCUCCUUAUUUGCCACCGUCUUGGAGACGUACUGUGCACAGAGGCUAGCUAGAGGUGUGGGCUGAAAUGACUGAAUGGUUGAGAUGUGGAAUGUUAAACAAGGCAAGCAGCAGGUAAAAAAAAAACUCAGUGGAAAAUCUAAUAUGGGCCAAUACCAAUCAACUCCAAAUGAUUUUUUCCUAAUUUCCUAAGUCCCAGUGAAGAAACAGCCGCCCUGCAACUGACCUGAAGCUCCUCCUUGCUGCAGCUGAUCCAAAAGCUUCUUUAUUCUACGCUCUUAUACACACACAUCAUGCACACUGCCACUGGGGUGACGACCUGGCAGCAUCAGUCAUGAAGCUGUGUUUUUUCCUUGUGUGUGUGCGCACGUGUGUUCUAGCUAAAUGAAGUGCUGUUAUCUAGCCACAGUGCUGGGCUCCAAGACACAACGAGCCUUAUAAGGCUGCAGUUAGCCCUACCGCAUGUCCUGUCUCUCUUUUUGUUGCCUUGUAGUUGUUUUAUGGCGGGCUGGUCCGCAUCAGUAUGCAGCUCUGCCUUUUGUAGGCUGUAUAAUAAUAACAAUAAUAACAAUAAUAUCAGGCCUCUGCACCUGCAAUAAAGUUAAAUACACUGACGGCUGCCCACACAUGAGGUGUAAUUAUAAAAAGUGACAGGCAAGAAGAAAGGGAGCUGUAAAAUGAACACUACACACUUGCAUACACUCCAUGUAUAGCCUGCAUUCAUCCCAACCCCCAGAGGACAUCAGAAUAUCAGAUGAUGGCGAUGAGCCGUCUACAAAAAGGUCCUUAACAGGACUCUCCGACAUGCUUCAUUAUUAAAAACAAGCUUGUGUGUUUACUCAGAGAUGACACGAGAAGAUAAUUCAUUCAAACCUCUAAGCGGGGAGGGGUGAACAAAGGUGCUGUAUCUUCUCGAGGUAGCUUACAGUACUCGGAGUGAUUAAUUAGGAGGAAGGCGCUUGAUGCUUUUCCGCAUGGACGUGCAGGGAUUUGAUUCUUUUUUCCCUCCCCAAGCACUUAACAGAAAGGGCACGGAGGUUUUCCUCUCCUGUCUGUAAGCAAACACACUUACUCAUUUAUUCAUUUGCAUACACACACACACCCAUUCAAUACUUCUGGGUGUCUAAACAUACGUUUGACUUAAACAGGACUUGCAGACGAACAGCGCGUGGACCUUGAACGAAAUCCUGAGGUGAAGUAACCUAGCAACCGCUGUCAACACGUUGUGCUCACAGGAAAGAGAGAAAGAGGAGACAAUAGCUGAUGUGUACAAUAUAUGCGGGAGGGGGACAUAUCAAUGUGACAGCUUUUCUACAGCCUGGGUUGACUAUACAAGAAUCAGAUUGGCUCUAUUUCACAGCUUAUUUACAUAUAGUGCUGCUCAAGGUGGAAUGAAGUGGUUGUGGGCGGCAGUGGCUCAGGAGGUAGAACAGGUCAUCCAGAAACCAGAAGGUUGGCGGUUCUGACCGCACGUCCUCCAUCCCAGUCACUGGUUGUGUCCUCGGGCAAGACACUUCACCCAACUUGCCUCCAGUGCUGCCCACACUGCUGUAAGAAUGUGAAGGAAUGCUUGGUGUUGGCCGGAGAGGCCGUAGGCGCGGGUUGGCAGCCAUAAAAAUUCAUACUGUAUCAUACUGCUCUUAAUAUUUUGGCUACCGUUUUUUUUUGUUGUACAGGGGGUGCAAAAAAAAAUUAUAAAAACACUAGAACCGCCAUAGUCAUUAUUUGAACAAGCUCCUCCAUGUAAUUGUUACAAGCAGGCCUUCCAAAUAAGAUUUUGGUGAAGAAAAAGUCUGCUGGAGGUUGAAUGGUGUUGGGGGUAAAACACUGGAAGCAGUGUCAUAACUCACACAUGAGUGGCUCCAUCUUGCUUGGAUGACAGUGUUGAGUGGUAAUAAAACAAAAAGGGUUUGCAUGGAGGAGCCCGGCGUGGGAGCUGUCAUGGCAGGUUAGGUGGCUGCACAACCCUGCUGGAGUUGCUCUUAUCAGUCUACUGCAGAGGACCAAGUAGCUAAGGGGGGUGCACACACUCACAUGUUGCGAGAAAGCUUUUUAUCAGCCCUGUAGACACCCUACAAUGACUUACUGUAUGUUUUAUUACUUUGUUCUCCAUCUUAAACGCCCCCCUCUCUCAUAUUACCUCUCCAGUAUCCAUUCGCCAUGACCAUGUCUGCUGUUUUUAGUGUGUGGCUUGGAAAGUUUACAAAGACAAGAGUAAUUAAAAAAAAAAAAACAUUUUAAUAAUAAUAAUAAUAAUUCGUAUCCAUCUAAAUGCAACAGAAGCAGGCUUAUAAAAAAACUCACCUCAUGCCUUCUGUCGACUUGUUCUGGUAGUUGCAGUAGAGCUGCGGCGUGCCAAGCAUGGCCUCCGUGAACACAGCCAGGAAGCCCAGCGACUCCACGAAGACAGCCGAGUCCAGGAGCACGUAGGUGACGUAGGCCGCCACCAGCGUGAAGGCCACCACGCACUGCACGUAGUCCAAGAAGCGGCUCCACGACCAGAAGUAACUCCAGUCAAAGUCUAAAAGGGAUUGCAUAGAAAUAAGAAUGUGUAUUAGAGUUUGUUCCGCAGUAAUCUACUUUAUUUGAACAGCACUCCCUGGACACAACAUUAAGUUGCGUAAAUUAAAAAAACAGUAAGAAGAAAUUCAAUAAUAAUGUAUAAUGGCUGAUUGUUUUAAAAAUCUACAUAUGCACAUUGAAAAUUUUGUGGACCAUUUAAUAAAAAUGCAGGU